AUGUCAUCGGCCUGUCUCAGUUUGUACUUCUCGGACACAGCCUGGGAGGCUACGUUGCAAGUGCUUGGGCCACCCGUGACGUUCAGCGCAUCAAGCACUUGGGUCUCCUCUCGCCUCUGCUCGGUUGGACGGACGAAAGGAUUCAGCAGACGAAGGCGUGGGUGCGACCUCAUGGCAGACGAGAGCUGCGCGGCGGCGGAUUAUGGCAACAGCGGAGUCUGCCUGGGCGCACCACAUCACACCUCAGACCUUUGUGCGCUGGAUUCCUGGCGCGGAGGGCUUUUUCCAGAAGAACGCCCAGCGCCGGUUUGGAAGGUCCAAGGACAUGAGCGAGGAGGAGUGCAGGUUGCUUGCGGAGUACGUGGUCGCAACGAUGGCAACGCCUGCGUCCGCGGAGGCAGCUGCCGCCGUGUGCUUCGAGCCGUUCUGCAAGCCGGUGGAGAUAAACGGGGCCACCAUCAAGGAGAGCGGUUGAAGCAGCUGUGCACGCCCAUGUUCGCAGUCAAUGGCGACCAUGACUGGAUGGAGCCGGCGGCAAAGGGAGAGAUACCGCACUGUGUUUUCCAUACCCUGUCGGACAGCGGUCAUCAGCUGGAGGGCCAACGCAUACAUAUCCAUGGCAUCCCUCCGAUGCCGUCUUCCUCUUCUUUCUCCUGGCGGGUCAUGAAAGAACUCACUCCACGAUCGCCUUGA